AUGGAUGCUUCCUGGGCAGCUGCUUUUGGCGCUGAGCCCCAAACAGCAGCAAAGCGCUGGCUGAUUCACACCACCAAGUCGUUGAUCAUCAUCCGAGAUCACCCCGGCUUCGCAGGCCAAAGGACCUCCGAGAUCCAGUUUCUUGGAAUAGCCUGCAGGACGGGUGCGGCGCGAGAGGGGAAGGACACGGCUGAUGGCUUCAAGCAGAAGCUUGUCAGUUUGUGCGCCACAGGCAAGCCCCUCGAUUGCCUUGCCAUCCUCGGAAUCCUCACCUACAACCAGGAUCUUUUCCUCCUCGUGGCGACGGAAGCCGUGCCCAUAGUCCUUCGGCCGCAAGGUUACAAUCAAUUGCAGCAAGAGCCAGGUCAUUUCCCCUAA